CGGUAAUACUGAUUUAUCUCACAAUGGAGAAAACAUUCAAGUUCGUAGAUAGUAGUGCCAAGGUCGACAGAGUCACUCGAAAGUUAAUGCGCAGCCAUGUCAUGAAGGGUAAAAAUGCUGGAAAGACAGUUCAUCGUCGUUCAAGGUUUGAGUUGAGCGCCGGGCGGACGCCAUGUGGCGAUGCAAGUUUCCCAAAUGAGGAGGCGAGGAAGCGCAACGCGGAAGAAUUAGGACCAGUCGCAAGGAAUCUUGGAAAUGUAUUGCGCACUUUCCAAUUUCCUGUGGAGCUAAGUGAAAGUUCACUGAAAAGUAUUGAUCAGUUUUUCCUCUUCAUAACAGAAAAGAUGUACCCUUCUCAGCUUGGGCUUUCAUCUAAUGAGUAUAAAUAUGACUGGCUUCUGACGACGUUCAUUGAUGAGGAUGCAUCAUACUGCAGUCUGGCAUUGAUGGCAUCAACUAAUGCAUUCUUCAUUAGCGGAGGUAUCAGCCCACCGAAAGCAUUGUCCUAUCUUUCCAACACACUUUCACUAGUGAAGCGAAGGAUGCAAGGCGAAGAAGCUCUCUCAGAUUCCACACUGUGCAUGGUUAUGAUGCUUAUCCUUCAAGAGCAAAUUCGGCAUGAAAAGGCCUCGCAGAUUCACUACGAAGGACUCAGGAAAAUGAUCAAACUCCGUGGUGGACUUUCUCGGCUCGAGAGUUGCCCCACACUUUUAUUAAAAAUGUCUAAAAUGGACAUACUCCACGCACUUCGAUACGGAAAGCCAGUAUUAUUCUUUCGAGACCGCAUGUCUGAGGUUCGAAGUACCCUACUAUCAAUGGGUUUCAACUUUUAUUCCGAUAUUCAAGACAUACUCGUUGAUGUCAUAAGCAUCACUACUCUAUUUAAUAAUCCUCCUACCCGCCAGACCUUAGAUAUAACGACGUUUCUGGAGAUAGUGAUAUCUAUAUGUUGCCGCCUUAUUCGAUUUCGACCAUUACAAAGUCCGAAGCCUGAAUGCAAGAGGGAAGCAGCAUAUCAUAUUGGAUUAAUAACAUUCAUGACAACACUAUUCUUGCAGUGGGAUAACCGCAGAAUCCAAGAAUACGAUUCAAUCUCUCGGCGACUAAGAGAGGUUCUUGAUGAGGAAUUCGAUGCUCACGACGGCGAUUUGCUUCUCUGGCUUUUGUUCAUUGCAAGCCUCUGGUUUUCGACCACGAGCAGUCACUGGCUCAUUUUGAGGAUAAGAAUUCUGACUGUGCAGUUGGACAUUGAUAACUGGUCAAGGGUUCGUGAUUCUAUUUGCAAGUUCCCAUGGAUAAACGUUCUUCACGAGAAAACUGGUCGCGCAGUUUGGGAUCUCGUGUAUCAUGGACCACACAGAGAUUGA